UAAUAGUAGUGUCGUUUACGAUCUAAGAACCUCGUUAAGCACCUUGCUCUGAUUGGCUGAAAACCAUUACUGCAGAUGUAUCACUAACGCUGAUUGGUUGAUAUAUAUGGAAAGAGAAAGCACACGUAGUUGGAAUCGGAAGCACACGUCUGACCUGUUACUCCAGAGAAAAGGAAUGCAUAGGAAAAUCUUACAAGACUGACUUGCAAGUGACAUUGCAUGACGAUGGCAGAACCAAAGGAAUGCAUAGGAAAAUCUUACAAGACUGACUUGCAAGUGACAUUGCAUGACGAUGGCAGAACCAAAGAAAUACUCUCUUCCUAUGAUGAAAGUACAGGGACCAGGUUUAUUAAGAUAUGACCUCAGUAAUAUACCGGUAAAGCUGAGAAAAAGAAGUAAUGUUUAUGCUGCAUCUACAUCACAGAAGAGAAGGAAGUGUUCUGAUUCAAAUGUAUUGGAAAAUGGAAAUCAGGUAGCAGAAGACCCAGAUGAAAGACAACCGGAUCAAUCCCAACUUAAUGUAGCUUCCUCAUCAUCAUCCAUAUCAUGCAGCAUUCCAGUUGAAGAUGAUUUGAAAAUAUAUGUUCUUUCCUUAGCUGAUUGUGGGUAUUUCUGCCCCUGUGAUGCCACACAGACUUUAUUUGCAAUAGCAGAUUAUGACAAGUCAUCUAGACAAAUACUGAAGCACAAGAUUCAUACAGUGAGACGAAAGACAGUAAAUUUUGUGAAAAAUUCACUAAGGAAGUGGAUAUAUUACUGUUCUUGUAAUCUGGUUUAUGCGGAUUAUGUUGAUUCUUUGGGUUUCAAUGUGCAUUCAUCUUUCCAUGAUUUCCAGGAAAGGAAUUGCAUCCAUACUGAGGUUUUGAAGCAGUUUUCUAGUAGUGAUGUUGUGAACAAUUUGCCAGAUAUUAACCAGAUGGACCAUUCAUACGGAAGUACAGCCUUGAACGUAAAUGAAGAGGAAUUACUGGAAUUGCCAUUUGGAUGUGACUUUUGCUUGGCAACUUGUGGAGUAAUGCCUGGAGUUGUGACCAUAAGAGUCAAUAAGCCGCAAUGCUACACUUGCCAAAGUGGGUAUUGCAGUCACAAAAAACUGUUAAUGUCUUAUUUGAAAGCUGCAGAGUGCGAGACAACACCAGACUGUGUUUGUAAGUUAAAGAGGCUCCUGGACAAGCGUGAAAACACAAAGGAUACUUUUAUAUACUCUACAGUGUCAAAGAAUCCAAUUAAGUUCAGACUAAGUGAAAACAUGAGACAAAAUUUCAUGAAACCCUUCUACGACUGCAUAUCUGAAGAUGGCAUAUUCCAGUUGUUUCCCUUUGAAAAUGAUACCCGUAACUGCUGCACAAAUCCUUUUGAAGACACAUUUGAACUACAGGAGAAAACAAAGAUACCUUUCUUCAAUAAAUAUGAAGUGUACGAUGUUUCAGUAUACUGUAGAACAUGCUCUUGUGGCAACAUCCAAAUGUUUGAUGGUGGGGAAUUGUCAGUGCUCAACAUGAAGUCAUUUCUCAUCCAUCACAGUCUUCUGCGUGAUUAUAUGUGGCAUUUUUUGUUUUCACGUUGCACUCUCUAUUCCUACUUUAAUGUAUGGUUAGAGGAGAUGUCCGACAUGGGUAUAGACCUGAUAGACAAAGGAAUGUCCUAUGUCAAAUUCAGACACUCUUGGUAUGCCUUCCUUGACUUGCUGGACAUCCAAUACCAAGAAGGUUUCGAAUGCAACACAUGUGGCUCCUCACCGAAUGUCAUCAUUUGUGAUGCAACUAGUCUGGCUUUCAGGAAAUCUUUUGUCACCUGGCAAAGCAUAACACAGAGUUACAAUGAUGGAAAUAGCUCACUUAUUGAGGGAAGCAGGCAUAAAGAUAGAAUUGUGGUCAAUAAGAAGAAAUUCAGGGUCCUUCUAAAGACCUUUUGUGAUGGAACAGAGACACUAGAUGAGAACCAGUUUGAGGCUAUGGCAAAAGGUGUCAUCAGCUGUUUCCCUGCUGUUGAACCAUUACUUCAAACCUUGCAAAAUAUAGGAUGUUUUCAGAGUUGCCCAUCUGAGUAUCGCCCUUUAUUGGAAUUAAUAGCUAGCUCUUCACCAGCAUGCGCUUUACCUCCCUGCACCGCAGAUAACGAAAAACUUAUUAAAGAAAUGCUGGCUAUGGAUUCAGACAUAGCUCAAAACUCCACUCUGCUCUCUGAAAUACAGCAAAAAUUGCCAGUUGUCUUUGACAUCAUCAAAUCAGCUGGGUCGAUACUGUCCCUUGAAUGCAAGCAAAUCCUAGCAGCUAUUUUUGAGAAAUCAAAAUCAACAUUUGCUGUAGUUGAAUGUAAGCAGAGUUCAUAUCAAGAUAGCAUUGCAACCAGCAAUGAAAACACUUCAUACUUCCCUGCACUGCAGAGGGUUAGGUCUAGGGGGUAUUUCAAGGCGGACAAGACCUGUAGAGAGGACUACGACAAAUGUGCGAAAGAUUCCUCCAGGCACCCACAUUUGUUGCCUGGCAUAUUUACAGUAUUCUGCGAACAUGGACUAUGCUAUGGUUUCCAGAUAAUGGAAAACAAUGAAUCUCCAAAUGUGCCUUUUACUUUCAUUAGGACAAGAUUCCUGACUGCACCAUCUGUAAUCAUAUAUGACAACGCCUGUAACUUGCAUGCAUACUGCCUGAACAGAGACCCACUUUUCAUCAAAGAUACCAUUUUUGCUGUGGACAAUUUACAUUGGAGGAAUCACAAAUCCUGUUCUAAAGUCUACCACGCUAAAAAUCUUCCAGCUUUACUUGGAAUAAAUACACAAAUGGUGGAACAAAGCAAUGCCAAGUUAAGGAAGCUGAAGAGCCAACUAUCCUAUAUGAACCAUGCAAACUUCAUGAAUCAUCUCAUAUUUUUUCUUUGGCACUGUAACAAAAAACUUAAGGAUCAGAACUAAUAAGGAUAUUAUUGUACAAUCAAGACUGUCAUGAUGGUGCUAAGAUUUUAAUGAGGAAUGACAUUGAUACCUUAGUUACCCCACCUAUAACUAUAAUUUACAUAAAGUUGUAUGAUUAGCAUGGUAUUCUUUCAAGUUAUCACAUUUAGCAGAGGUUGAAAACAUUUUUCUGCAACAAGAAAAUAAAAAAGUGGCCAAGGAUGGCCAUAGAUAAAUGGUGGUGUAUUGGCACACACACAUAUAAGUAUGUCUGAUAUACACAGAUGAUAUUGAAUGUGUUGGUGACACAGAAGCAUAGUGAUUGUGUUAUUUAGAUGAAACAAAGAUAUAGUUUUCAAAAGAUGAGACAAACUCAAAACUUUGGCUAGCUUGUCUCUCUUUGCAAGUAUUAUGGUGUAGCUCUUCACGUCCACUCUGUUUUAGUGAAAGGUUUAUUCACUUAAUGCAAACAAUCAAGAAUGCAAUGAAUGAUUUAUUAAUGAUUUUUAAUAAUUCCAAUAUGCCAGUUAUAAAUUAGGGGAGAUUUGGUGUCAUUUUGGAAUAUUUUUAUAUAAUCUAGGCCUAGGUUAUGUUUGGUUAAGUCAGCUUGUUUGUGAUGUACCUAAAUUCCUUAUUUUAAAUAAGCAGAUACUUAAACAUUAUAAAAAAAUCCCUGUAACUAUACAGGUAUUAACAACAGUAAAACUUAUUUUUAUAGUGACUUUGAGCAUGAAUAAUUACUUGAGAGGUAUGCUACAGAGAAGUGCAGAAGAACAUUCAGUCAGGUAAUGACCAUACUCUAAUGUCACAAUUUCGCCUUUGGUGAAUUUACCAAUAGUGAAGAGUAUAUAUUUGUUGUUGCUGUAUUGGCUGGAAUACAGCAGAAGAGAGAUUAUCCUAUUUUGUUUUUUGUUCUCUGUACAAUUAAGUACAUUGCAAUCUGCUAAUAUGGAAACGAGCUGCCAUAUGUUUACCUGUUUUACAAGGGAGACUUAAAAUGUAUUGUACAUAAGAAUUAUGUCGAGGCAACUCAUGUUUCCAUGUUUCUCUGUAUAGCUUAGGCUACAAUGUACAUCUGUUAUUUUUGCCAUUAUUAACUUUUUUUGCAACUAGAUAUAUGUAUAUUGUGGUGUCAAUAUGUACUUGUUUCUGUUCAACCUUGUUUGAACCUUGAAAAAUUAGAAAAAUUUUACAAAUUGAAUCCUUCCAGAAAGGAAUUUGCUUUUUUUAUAUGUAAUUUCCCUUAAUAAGAUAUUUUUAUGAAUUAUAUACAUAUAGUGGUUAGGAUUGUUAUGUUAUCUGAUUGGCUUGUUCACAUUUGAUAAUUUGGUUAUAAAAUUCAUUUUGUUUGGAAACGUCUACCUUUCAUUGAGUGUAGACUUCUUCAGAAUGAAAAGGUUUAGAAUAGAAAGUCUAUAAUGUUAUAAACAUGAUUAAUUCUGUAGUAUUUUAUUCCCUGUUAGUAUUUCAGUGGACAUAUGUGUGUUUCUUAAAUUUGAAUAACCUGUAUUCCUUUUGGUAUUAUGCUUUGUUUUCUAUGAUAUCUGUUUAACUUUAACUGAUAUUUCCUUGCAGUAUGAUAAGUUUUGCCGAUGCCACUUGGAGGUUACGAGUCCAUAACUUCUUGGGGGGGGGG